AUGAGUGAUGAAGAUAUUAUUACUGAUGAAGAUAAUAUUACCGAUGAAAAUAACCCUGAAUUUUUAUCAAUUACAAAAUCAUCAGCAUCAGCAGGUGUUGAACAAAAAAAAAGAAAAUUGAAAAAGGGUGUAUUCAAUAAAGAAUGGUUGAAGAUCAGUCAAUAUCAAAGAUUUUUAAAAGAAUAUAAACCUGAUUCAUCUCAAGCAACGUGUGCUGCCUGUAAUCAACAGUUUUCAAUACAUUAUCGUGGAAAAACUGAUAUUGAUAAUCAUAUGAAGACACAGAAACACCAAAAUAAUAUAAAAUCAUUUAAUAUAAAUCAACAAUUAAUAACUGAUACAAUUAAACCUUCUAGAGAAACAGAUGAAAUUUGUGCUGCUGAAGCCGUUCUCGUUUACCAUGGAGUCAAACACGGGCACUCAUAUCUUUCACAACAAUGUUUAUCAAAUGUUUGCAAGAUAAUAUUUUCUUCAUCAACUACAGCGAAUAAAUUAUCAUGUGGUCGUACAAAAGCAACAUCGAUUGCAUUAAAUGUUUUAGCUCCAUAUUUUACUCGAUGUCUACUUGAUGAUCUAAAAAACUCGUUUUAUUAUUCUUUACAUUUCGAUGCAAGUAAUAAAGGAAAUAUAAAACUAUAUCCUUUUUGUAUACAGUAUUUAUCAUCAUUAGGUGUUAAAAAAGGAAUUGUGGAUUUGAUUGAGGAUGCUGAUGAAUCAGCUAAUGGAAUAUUUGCUAAUGCACGUCAGUUAAUUAAGGAUAAUAAUAUGGAUUUUAAUGGAUUAACAGCAUUAGGAGCUGAUAAUACUAACGUAAAUGUUGGUGAAAAUCAUUCAGUUUGUUCACUAUUUCAAGAUGAAUCACCUAAUAUUAUUAAAGGGAAUUGCUACAGCCAUAUCCUGCACAAUUCUGUUAAACACGCUCAUCCAUUAUUACCACUUGAUAUAGAAAAAAUGUUACUUUCUAUUUAUGCACACUUUUCACGAUCAGCUAAACGUAUAAGUGAACUUAAACUUUACUAUGAAUUUUAUGAGCAAGAUUUUAAAGUGAUUCUAAAACACAUCAAGAUCAGAUGGCUAAGCUUAUAUUUAUCUAUAGAACGUUUCAUUGAGGUGUAUGCACCUAUUAAAAAAUACUUUAUUGAACAAACAAAUUGUCCAAAAGAAAUAAAAAGUUUCUUUGAACGUGAUGAAACUCCUUGUGUACUUAGUUUUGUACAACAUAUUUUGUUUGAAAUACAUAAGAAAAAUCUUGAACUACAACGCUCUUACACAACAUUAGUUGAUUUAUAUAGAAUCAUCACAUCCAUUAAAAACAAAUUACAAGAACGUAUUGAUUCUGAUUUUUUUGGAGCUGCAUGCAGAUACCGAUUAGCUCGUUUACCAACUGAUAUACAAGAAACAUUAAAAGAAUCAUUUAUUAAAUUUUUACACGCAAUUAUUUCGUACAUUGAUUCUUACUUCGAUCAAAAUGUUAUACUUUAUAAAACUGUUAGUUAUUUUGGAUUUCAAAAUAUUGAUUCAUUAACAUGGGAUCAAGUUACUCAAUGUGUUGAUUUAUUAAAAAUUAAAAAUCUGAAUGAAGAUUGUUUAUUUGAUGAAUUCACAAAUAUAAAAUCAACAUUAAAAAUGAUCUCACAACAACGUAUCUCGAUUUUUGAUCAAGUUCAAACAUUUAUUAAUAAACAAGGUGAUCUAGCACUAAUCAAUGAAUGUAAUGAAGAGAAAAACGAUGAUGAUGAUGAUGAUCAUGAUCAUUCAGAUAACAAAAUUGUGAGAUCUGAUCAUUUCUGGAUAUAUAUGUUUUCUCUUACUCAAUCUCCAAAUUUCAAGAAACUCAUAUGUUUUUUAUAUUCUUUACCGUGUAGUAAUGCUUAUGUUGAGUCAGCAUUUUCACAAUUAAAACAUUUAUGUAACGAUAAAAGAAAUCGUAUGACAACUGAACUUAUCUCAGCUGAAUUAAAAAUACGAUUAAACUCAUCAUUAUCCUGUGUUGAAAUGCAUAAACAUGUUUUAUCAAAUCAAGACUUGUUAAAAGCCAUAAAAUCGGAUGAAAAAUAUGCGUUCAAAAGAAAAUGA